AUGGCUUCCCUCCUCCGGCGGCCAGGCAAUAUUGCCCGAUUCUCGAGGAGAGCCACAGAGUGCCUCGGCCGCGCUGGAACAACCUCUCUGCGAACGCACCCGUCACGACUAUCCUCCCUAAUUACAUCCUCCCGCGUCCGGACCUACGCUACGAAUGGCCCGACACCUCCGAACAACGACUCCGGGAACUCCCAGCCGAAGGGGAGCGAGCCGGAGAAGGGCCGCAAAGAUGAAGAGUUGGAGACGGUCCUGAGUACGGAGGACCAGACGAAAUUGGAUGCAUUCACCAAGCACCUGAAGACACGCAUGCCCGACUCGCAGCAUGAGGCGAUUGAUACAUUGCGGAAGCAUUUGAUGAAGAAUGGCAUGCCGGACGAAGUUAGGCAGUUUAUCGAGAAGCACGCAAAUGCGUCUUUGAUGGAUCACAUUCGGAUGAUGCGUUGGUUAUUCAAGUAUACCAGCGAGCAGGCCAAGGAAGAUGUGGAGGAAUUCCAGAAGAAGCAAGACGGGGAGAAUGAUCAGGUGAAGAAGAACACCGAGAAGGAGAAGGAGGGACAGGAAGAGUCCGAGCAGAAGAGCAAGGAGAAGGACGGAAAGGAAAAGGACCAGGAGAACAAGGAUCAGAAGAAGAAGAAACAGGAUCAGGGAACUCCCCGAGUGUUUGAAUUCCGAUUCGAUCCCGCCUCUUUCCUGGUCACCGCAUUCGUCACAUACUACGUCUACCGCAGCUUCUUCCCCGGCGAGAGCGCUGGCCGCGAGAUCACCUGGCAGGAGUUCCGCUCGAACUACCUCGACAAGGGUCUCGUGGAGAAGUUGACCGUUGCCAACGGUCACCGCGUCCGUGUCGAUCUUAACCGCGAGGUUGUGAACCAGGCUUAUCCCGAUUCUGCCGGGCAGCCGGUGACCCACGUCUACUUCAGCAUUGGAUCUGUUGACAGCUUCGAGAGGAAGCUGGAGCAGGCUCAAUAUGAAUUGGGUAUUCCCAACCACGAGCGUAUCCCGGUCGCUUAUGUCGACGAAGUUCCUUGGGGCAGUGCCCUUUUGUCCUUCGCUCCGACUCUGCUGUUGAUCGGUGGUAUCUACUGGUUCUCUCGUCGUGGUGGUGCUGGUGGUGGUCAGAGCGGUAUCUUUGGCAUUGGCAAGAGCCGUGCCAAGCGCUUCAACCACGAGACCGAUAUUAAGAUCAAAUUUUCCGAUGUCGCCGGUAUGGACGAGGCUAAGGUUGAGAUUAUGGAAUUUGUCAGCUUCCUCCAGCAGCCCGAGCGCUUCCAAAGACUUGGUGCGAAGAUCCCUCGUGGUGCUAUUCUCUCUGGUCCCCCCGGUACUGGUAAGACCCUGCUUGCCAAGGCCACUGCCGGUGAAUCCGGUGUGCCCUUCUUCAGCGUCAGUGGUUCCGAGUUCGUGGAGAUGUUCGUCGGUGUCGGUCCAUCCCGUGUCCGUGAUCUGUUCGCAAACGCCCGCAAGAACACCCCCUGCAUUAUUUUCAUCGAUGAAAUCGACGCUAUCGGCAAGUCCCGUUCCAAGUCGAACUUUGGCGGUGGCAAUGACGAGCGUGAGAGUACUCUCAACCAGAUCCUGACGGAGAUGGACGGUUUCAACACUUCUGAGCAGGUUGUCGUUCUGGCCGGUACCAACCGACCUGAUGUCCUUGACAAGGCUCUCAUGCGUCCCGGUCGUUUCGAUCGUCACAUCACCAUCGACCGUCCUACCAUGGAUGGCCGUAAGCAGAUCUUCCGUGUUCACCUGAAGAAGAUCGUUACCGAUGAGAACAUGGAAUUCCUGGAGGGCCGCCUUGCUGCUCUGACUCCUGGAUUCGCUGGUGCUGAUAUCGCCAACUGUGUCAACGAGGCCGCUCUUGUUGCUGCUCGUGAAAAUGCCGACAAGGUCGUUAUGCGUCACUUCGAGCAGGCCAUUGAGCGUGUUAUCGGUGGUCUGGAGAAGAAGUCUCUCGUUCUUUCGCCCGAGGAGAAGCGCACCGUCGCCUACCACGAGGCUGGCCACGCUAUCUGCGGCUGGUACUUCCGGUGGGCCGACCCGCUGCUCAAGGUGUCUAUCAUCCCCCGUGGCCAGGGUGCUCUGGGUUACGCCCAGUACCUCCCCGCUGGUGGUGACACCUACCUGAUGAACGUCAACCAGCUCAUGGACCGUAUGGCCAUGACCCUGGGUGGCCGCGUCAGUGAGGAGCUGUACUUCGACACCGUGACCAGCGGUGCCAGCGACGACUUCAACAAGGUCACCCGCAUGGCCACUGCCAUGGUUACCAAGUUCGGUAUGUCCAAGAAACUCGGCUACAUCCACUACGAGGACGACUCUGGCCAGCAGUUCCAGAAGCCUUUCUCCGAGGAUACUGCCCGUACGAUCGACGCCGAGGUGCGCCGCAUCGUCGAGGAGGCCUACAAGCAGUGCCACGACCUGCUCAGCUCCCGGAAGAAGGAGAUCGGCAUCGUCGCUGAGGAGCUCCUCUCCAAGGAGGUCCUCGGCCGUGAUGAUCUGGUCCGUCUCCUCGGUCCUCGCGAGUGGCCCGAGAACGCCGAGUUCGCCAAGUACUUCGAUGGCAAGGGUGGAGAGACCAUUGCUCCUCCCGAGCCAAAGGUAGACCCAGAGGAGACGACCGGCAAGGAUGGCCGUGACGAGACUCCCCUUCCUCCCUCAUAG